AUGUCCCGCAAAGGCGUCGGCCUCGCCGCCUUUGAUCGCUCCCGCCUCACCUCGGCCUCGUACGCAAACCACGGCACCGCCCUCCGCACCACCAACGCCCAAGCCCUCGAAACUCAGCUCUCCGUCUUUCGCUCCCUCCUCCAGCAGUUUGCACAGCAACACGGCAAAGAAAUCCGCUCCAACCCCUCUUUCCGCGCCCAGUUUGCCCGGAUGUGCACCGCCAUCGGGGUGGACUUUCUGGCCGCCUCGGCCAGCCACGAAGGCAGCGGGGGAAAGGGAGGGGAGAGCUCCAUCUGGGGCCAGCUGCUAGGGAGGACGGUGAACGACUUUUACUUUGAGCUCGCGGUGAAAGUGGUGGAGGUUUGCUCUGACACGAGGGGGGAGAACGGGGGGUUGAUUGAGGUGAGGAAGGUGAGGGAGCUGCUGCAGGUGAGGCAGGAGAAGCAGAUGGGCGAUCCGGGGCAGAAGGAAGGGGGGGGGUUGACGGAGGAUGAUGUACUGCGGGCGGUAGGGACGCUCAAGCCGUUGGGGUCGGCGUACUCGAUUGUGAGGGUGGGGUCGAAGCCGUAUAUUCGGUCGGUGCCGAAGGAGCUGAAUACGGAUCAGAGUGCUGUGUUGCAGGCGGUGCAGGUGCUGGGGUAUGUGUCGGUUUCGAUGUUGAUGGUGAAUUUGAAGUGGGCGAGGGCGAGGGCCAAGACGGCGGUGGAGGAUUUGGUCGGGGAGGGGAUGCUGUGGGUUGAUAAGCAGGCUGGGGGUGAGUGGGAUUACUGGAGUCCUGGGUUUAUGCUGGAGGGGCAGGACGGUGGUGGGUUUGGGGGGUGA